AUGGAGGUUUUCUCCAACACCCAACUCAUCAUUAUGACAUUCUUAAUGCUUGUUGGUGGGGAGUUUAUGCUGUUUUGCUCAAUGGAGUGGGGCUCGGAAGCCAUGGAUGGCUUGAAUUCGUAUCAGAAACUCGUUGGCUCGUUGUUUCAAAGUGUGAACUCGCGGCAUGCUGGUGAAUCUGUCGUUGAUAUCUCCACCAUCUCUUCAGCAAUUCUGGUGCUCUUCGUCGUAAUGAUGUAUCUCCCACCAUAUACUACAUUCCUUCCGACGAAAGAUCAUGAAGAAAUUUCAGAAAAGGGAAAAGAAGGCCAAAAUCGAAGGAAGACUUUGAUGGAGUCUCUGAUGCUCUCACAACUCUCCUAUUUAGCCAUGUUCAUUAUUCUCAUAUGUAUUACAGAGAGACACAAAAUGAAGGAGGAUCCCCUCAACUUCAACGUGUUGAAUGUCACCAUUGAAGUGAUAAGUGCAUACGGGAAUGUUGGGUUCACAACUGGGUAUAGCUGCAAACGGCAAGUUAAACCAGAUAGCUCCUGUAAGGACACGUGGUAUGGAUUCGCUGGGAGAUGGAGUACGGAGGGAAAAUUGAUCCUCAUCGUUGUUAUGUUCUUUGGAAGGCUUAAGAAAUUCAGCAUGAAAGGUGGUAAAGCCUGGAAGCUUUCCUAAUGGAGGUCUUAAUCAUGUCAUAUAUAUGUUCCUCGUGAUGAAGACACUACUUUUGUUCAUAAUAUUCUCUGUAAUAUAAAUUAGUUAGAGUAUGU